AUCAUUUUGUCCAAAAAAAAAAACUCCAAAGUUACACAAACAUAAGCCCCUACAAUUUCAUCGUCAUUUUGUUUUUGUUUCUUAUUGGUUUCGGUCAGAAUUUCAGCAAACCACUCCAUAGACUUUGAAUUUUCGAAAAAUCUUUGCCCCAUUGACGAAUAAAGUGCAAAUUUUGCAUUCUUUAUCGUCGACGGAGGCGCAACUUCAAUCUUCAACCAUCACCCUUUUUUCUUCUUCAUGGAAUCGUGUCUGUAACGGAACCCAUUUCAACUACCUCCACAAGCUUUUUUUUUUCACUUUCAAUCGAAGUUUCUGGGUAAGAAAAAAGUGGGAAAUUGAGGAAUUGAAAAUUGGAAGUAGAAUUAAUUGAUGGGUCUCGUUUGGAAUCAACGAGGCUCGAGAACAGAGACAACAACAACAACAACAAAAACCCAAGAGGGUUUACCUGUUUCCGUUGGUGUUACUGUUCCAAAGAAGAAAUGGUCGAAUUUGAUGCCUUUAUUUGUGGCUCUUGUUGUAAUUGCAGAGAUCGCGUUUUUGGGUAGGUUAGAUAUGGCGAAGAAUGCAGCUAUGGUUGCUGACUUGUUCUAUAGGUCUCGUGGGGUUGUUGAAAGUGAUGAUUUGGGGUUAGAGAUGAUUGGUGGUAUUAGGAAUCUGGAAUCAGAGAUAGAAAGCUGUGAGGAAUGGUUGGAAAGGGAAGAUGCUGUUACAUAUUCAAGAGACUUUGUUAAGGAACCUGUUUUUGUUUCUGGAGCUGAUCAGGAGUGGAACUCAUGUUCAGUUGGAUGUAAAUUUGGGUUUACUGGGAACCAGAAACCUGAUGCUGCAUUUGGCUUAGCUCAACAACCUGGAGCUGCAAGUGUUCUGCGAUCAAUGGAAUCGGCACAAUACUAUGCAGAGAACAAUAUUCACAUGGCUCGACGGAGGGGAUAUAACCUUGUAAUGACAACCAGUCUAUCGUCUGAUGUUCCUGUUGGAUAUUUUUCAUGGGCCGAAUAUGACAUCAUGGCACCGGUAAAGCCAAAAACUGAAAAAGCUCUUGCAGCUGCAUUCAUUUCGAACUGUGGUGCUCGAAAUUUCCGGUUACAAGCUCUUGAAGCCCUUGAAAAAACAAACAUCUCGAUUGACUCUUAUGGUGGUUGUCAUAGGAACCGGGAUGGACGAGCAGUUGACAAAGUGGAAACCCUGACGCACUACAAAUUUAGCUUAGCAUUUGAAAAUUCUAACGAGGAGGAUUAUGUAACUGAAAAGUUCUUCCAAUCACUUGUUGCUGGAACUAUCCCUGUGGUUGUCGGUCCUCCAAAUAUUCAAGAUUUUGCUCCUUAUCCUGGUUCUGUUUUACAUAUUAAAGAACUACAAGAUGUUGAGUCUGUUGCCAAGACCAUGAGAUACCUAGCAGAAAACCCUGAAGCAUAUAAUCAAUCAUUGAGGUGGAAGUAUGAGGGGCCAUCUGAUUCCUUCAAGGCCCUUGUGGAUAUGGCAGCUGUACAUUCAUCUUGCCGCCUUUGCAUUCACUUGGCCACAAAGAGUAGAGAGAAGGAAGAAAAGAGUCCAGACUUCAAGAAACGCCCUUGCAAAUGCACUAGAGGGUCAAAAACUGUAUAUCAUAUCUAUGUGAGAGAAAGAGGAACAUUUGAGAUGGAGUCCAUUUACUUGAGAUCUAGCAAUUUAACUAUGGAGGCCUUCAAGUCUGCUGUUCUUAAGAAGUUCACGUCCCUAAAUCAUGUUCCUGUAUGGAAGCCUGAAAGACCUGAAAUGCUAAAAGGUGGCGAUGAAUUAAAAAUUUACAAAAUAUACCCUGUCGGCUUGACACAGAGACAAGCUCUUUAUACCUUCCGCUUCGAUGGGGAUGCUGAUUUCAGAGGUCACUUGGAAAGCAAUCCUUGCGCAAAAUUCGAAGUCGUUUUUGUGUAGCAUGUAAUGAUAAACUCCCUGCAAUUUACAUGAUCAUGUAGCAAUAGCAAUAGCACUUUCACUUAACUGAGGGGUGAAGUUUUAGGAAUGAGUGUGGUAAUGGAAUUGGCAUGGCUUUAUAGUGCCUAAUCCACUUUGGCCAACUCAUUGAGGAUUUACAUUCAGAAAAUAUAUACCACUUCAACAAUAUUUAAACCCCUUUUUUGUUAGUGAAUUGAAAAUCCAUAUUUAAUGCCGAGUGAUUAUAUCUAGAUACAGUUAUAAGAUGAACAUCAAGAUAGUGUUUGUAUACUGUGGGUGAAUAUUUUAGUUAAACAUCCAAAUUUUCACCCAAGAAUACAUGUUUCGUUUGAAUGCAGGAUGAAAAUGAAUGCAAAGAGAAAAAUAUAACUCAUUAGUAGUACUUGAUUAUGCA